GCAAGAGCGAGUCGGAAUUGUUUAUGUGCUGCGCACUGGUGCAACAAGGAAAUGGACACAAAAACAAAGCAACACGCAGAGUACUUAACGUCACAGGCACAGCCACGAAAGAAUGGAGACAGAAGCUGAUGCUUUUUACCGAGAGCUGCCAAAGGUGGAGCUGCAUGCCCACCUCAACGGUUCUAUAAGUUUCGCCACAAUCGAGAAACUCAUCGCCCGCAAACCUCAUCUCAACAUUGGACACAGCAUGACAGCUAUUCAAAGUGGACAACGCAGGACGCUGGAGGAAUGUUUUCAGGUAUUCAAAGUAAUUCAUCAGUUAGUGGAUUCAGAAGAGGAUAUUUUAAUGGUUGCAAAAGAUGUCAUAAAGGAGUUUGCAGAUGAUGGAGUAAAGUAUCUAGAAUUGAGAAGUACACCAAGAGAGGAGAAAAACACUGGAUUGACCAAAAAAAACUACGUGGAAACAAUCAUUGAGGCCAUUCACCAGUGUAAAAAGGAGGGAGUUGACACUGAAGUCAGGUUCCUUGUAGCUGUUGACCGCAGGAAUGGUACUGAAGUGGCUAUGGAGACUGUCAAACUGGCAGAGGAAUUCAUGCUGUCCACUAGCGGUUUGGUGGUCGGACUUGACCUGAGCGGAGAUCCAACGGUUGGCCAUGGCAAAGAUCUACUGCCUGCCUUGGAGAAAGCCAAGCACAGUGGGCUGAAACUAGCACUGCACAUGUCAGAGGUCCCCUCUCAGAUGGAGGAGUCUGAUUUGCUGCUCAACAUUCCACCUCACAGGAUUGGUCAUGGUACAUUUUUACACCCUGAAAUGGGCGGGUCCCAGAGCCUUGUUGAUAAGGUUCAGAAGAACAACAUACCUCUGGAAUUAUGUCUGACCUCUAACGUCAAGGGUCAAACGGUGGCAUCCUAUUCCCAACACCACUUCCCUUAUUGGUACCAGUCAGGACACCCCUGUGUGAUCUGUACUGACGACAAGGGAGUCUUCUGCACAAACCUCUCUCUGGAGUACCAGCGGGCUGCCUCCACCUUUGGGCUGAGUCACGAAGCCAUGUGGAAGCUGUCCCAGCAGGCCAUAGACUGUAGCUUCGCCCCGGACGCCCUGAAGGAUCAGCUGAAGGAGAGGUGGACCGAGCUGAGGCCAGCAGUACUUCGCUAAAAGUUGUAGUUUUUUUAGUAAUCAUCUACCGCAGUGGUUCUUGACCAUGGUCCUUAGGGACCCCCCUGUCCUGUAUGUAGACGUGUCCUUGCGCCAACACACCUGAUUCAAAUGAAUGGGUCGUUUUCUAGCUAUGCAGAAGCCUGGUAACAACCAUUCAUUUGAAUCAGGUGUAUUUGAACACUGUUCUACCCCGUAGGUGUACUUGGUGUGAGUAGAGGAUAUUGUCCAAAUCCUUUUAUAUUAGAAGGGAGGGAGGUGUAAAGAUGUUUGUUGUUUUUAAACAGUUUGAAGCUCUUAAUAAAUAAUGAUUAACUAGAA